AUGCACGCUCGCGGCAAGGCCACCUCCCUCCAAAGCAUCGAGGUCCUCCCUCGAACUCCCAGGACGCCCGCAACCGCACGCAGUCGCGGCCAUGGCGCACGCACGCCCUUCGACGCCGACGAGGUCGAGCUCAGCUUGCUCGGGGAAGCGGAGCGCCGGGAGGCCGCCUCGGACCUUACGCUAGACGAGGAGCAGGAGUAUCUCGCCCAGAUCGACGCCAAAAAGUCCAUGUCGGCGCGCGACAAGCAGGCCAUGGUCCUGCUCACCAUCCUUUACCUCAUACAAGGAUUUCCUUUAGGCUUGGCCCUGGGGUCCAUUCCAUUCAUUCUCAGGGAACAUCUAUCAUACUCCGAACUAGCCGUAUUCUCUCUCGCGGGAUACCCUUACUCCCUCAAGCUUUUCUGGUCACCCAUCGUAGACUCGGUCUUUUUCCGCUCAGUCGGUCGUCGCAAGUCCUGGAUCAUCCCCAUGCAGCUUAUUGUCGGAACAAUCAUGCUCAUCAUGUCGACCAGUGCCGAAGAGAUGGUCGAAAACCCCGGUAAACAUCUGUACACACUAAGUUUCGCAUUCACCUCUCUGGUCUUCUUCUCCGCUACCCAAGGAUGGGCCCUUACACUCCUUUCCGAGGAAAAUCUUGCCUAUGCCUCUACGUGCCAGACCAUCGGUUUGAACUCCGGCUAUCUCAUGUCCUACACUGUCUUCCUUGCCCUCAACAGUGUAGACUUCGCCAACAAAUGGGGUAUCCCGCGUCUCACUCUGGGCUCAUACCUCUUCUUCUGCGCGUGCAUGUCGUUUGCAGUAACGUUUUGGCUGUUCUUUGUCAAAGAGGACAAAGAUGUUAACGAAGACAUCGGCAUCAAGCAAGUCUAUGUUACAAUGUGGGAAAUCUGCAAGCUUAAACAUGUACAGGUUCUGUUAGGCAUACACCUUCUCGCCAAAAUUGGAUGGCAAGCCAAUGACGCGGUUACUCAACUGAAGAUGGUCGAGAAGGGGCUUGGACGAGAAGACCUCGCUAUGACCGUGUUGAUCGACUUCCCCUUCGAAAUCAUCGGGGGUUGGCUUGCCGGCAAAUGGGCUCGCGGCGAAAAACCUUUGCGGGCUUGGAUCUUCUGCUUCUGGCCUCGUCUAUUGUUCACGUUCAUUGCGACACUGGUGGUCUACUGGUUCCCGAAACCCCCUGUCACCUCCACAUUCUUGGCCGGUCUCGUGUUCUUGACGAUACUGCAGUCAUUUACAAGCACCAUCCAAUUUGGAGGCAUGUCCGCAUUCCACACCCGAAUCUCGGAUCCCGUCGUUGGUGGUACCUACAUGACGCUGCUGAACACACUUACCAACCUUGGCGGCACAUGGCCUCGCUUCUUUGUACUCAAAGGAGUGGACUACUUCAGCGUCGCGACGUGUAAUAUCACUGAAGCCGGCCUGUCCGUCAAAGCGCAAGAGUGCGUGUCGGAGCACGGCAAAGCUGCCUGCAACGAGCUAGGUGGACAAUGCGUUACUGAGCAAGACGGGUACUACGUCGUCUCAGGCCUUUGUCUUAUCUUCGGGGUUAUUUCCGUUUUAUUCUUCCUCAUUCCUACCGCAAAGAAACUACAAACCAUCCCGGUGAGCAAGUGGAGGAUAUCGUCUUGA